AUGAUCAAGAUGCCUAAGAGGAGGAAGCCACUGACUUCAGGAGAUGGGAGCCAUUUUCUUAAAUCCAAAAAGACCCCAAGAAUAAUGAAUACUAACAGGAAGCCUGAAAACCUGACAAGAAGACACUUGGAAGAAUCAGAAAUAGCAACAGUCACCAAACAAGACGAGGAAGAGAGUAGCCAAACAGAUAUCAGGAUGCAGAAAUUAGUUAUCUAAGGAGCUAGGAUACCACAAAAAGUCAUCUUGGCUGAGAUGAACAUUAUUACAAUUUUAGAAACAGGGAGAAAUCUUCCUAAUCAUUUAGAAGGCUCAGUUGAUGAAAGAACAGAUGGUCCAAUUAAAGAACCUAGACAACCAGAAAAGGAUCCAUUUUCCAUUUUUUCCCCCCAGAACUCAUUAACGAAGUUUGUUCCAGUGUUUGCACAAUCCAAGAAAUCUUUGACACAAAAAACUGAGAGAAAGGAAAAAGCUGCUAGGAGUAGCAACACUAAGCAGAUGCUUCCAGAGCCUAAUCACCAGAAGGCAGAAAAUGUUCAAUUUGAUGAACCAUUGGUAGAAGCUAUCCAGGAAGACAAGGAUUUGGAAGAGCAGAAGGAAAAGGGAUUUUUGAUUCCUGAAAUAGACAGUGUUGGUGGUAAGAGACUUUUGCUUUUUCAGAAGCAAGACAGCCAAAGUUUCUUGAAGCCUACAGAUGGAAACUAUUAUAAUACUGCUGGUGCAUUCAACAAAACUCCUCAAGAGAUGGGAAGUAUAAGCCCUAUGCAAGAAAGAACUAACAAAGAACAUCUUUCGGAGGGAAUGACAAAUACUUUGAAUGGCAAAAAUCCAGAAAGCAAGAAUUUGGAAUCUAGCUCCCUUGUUGAAAUGGAGAUGAACAGUUCACCAGUGUGUGAGAAUUUGGCCGUAGGCAAUCAAAGCCAAAAAGAAGCCCGAUUAAACAGUAAUGCUUCAAUAAUACAACAAAAUAGACCUCUGCUAGAUAGAAGAGCCACCCGUGAAGGUGACAUGGCUCAAGAGGAAGUAGGAACUUCAGCCACAUAUGGGCUUAAAGAAGGCUUAGAUAGUGAUGACUUCCUUGAGGAACAAGGAAAGAGGGAAGAAAGUAAUUUGGCCAUCAUUCCAUCAGAUUCUAACUUCUCAAUGGACAGUGCUGUAAAGCAAAGUCCUGACAAGCAAAACACCUGGGACAAUGCUACAGAACAAGAUUGCCCUGAUAAUGUGCCACAAUCCAACAGGAUGAACCAAAAUGCCAGACUCAGCCAUGCCAACCAAGGGUCUAGGAUAUCUACACAGGAAUAUCUAAUUACUCAUGACUUGAAAGUGAUCACAAAUAUUUCUGAAUCCAAAGGGAGGGCACAGUCUAUCAAUGGAAAUACUUGGAUGCCUUCAUUUUCCAAUAGGAACUCCUCUGUCAAGGUCCUGCUAGAAGGAGCCCCUUAUACUGAAAAGGGUGGGAAAGAUAGAGAAGAGGCAAAAUAUGAAGGGUACCCAUAUGAAGGCAUCAAGGUGGUCUCAGAACAUUCAGCUUCUAUUGGCUUGGCUCCUAAGGACUUUGUGCCCAAGAUUGAAUACAAAGAUACCAUAGUUCUUGCCUUAGAAAAAGAGAAUCUGUAUCCAGAAGUGGAAGAGAAACAUAUAACUGCCAGCACUGACCGAGAGGAACUAAGUCAGCUUCUAGGGACAAAAGUCAGAUUACCUUGGCUGAUGGAUUUUGUAGAUGAAAAAGAACCUGGGUUAGAUAUCAGUGAGAGAAGUGAGCCAAAUCUUAGUCUCAAGGAAAGCAGUCUAUCAGUCAGUACUGCCUAUUUGUUCAAAGAGAAAGAGAUGGUAGCUGAUCCUGCCAAAGAAUCUGAGACCAAUAUGGACAGUAAAAAAUCUCCUUCUGUAGAAAAGACAGGUUUACCUGAAAGAGGAUGUAAUUCUGAAGAUCAUACUGAUUGGGGAGAAUCCUUAGCUCUGGAACUAGACUUUUUGCCAGAUAGCCAGAUACGUGAUGCUCUUGAUGACCCUAACUUUGGAUUUCCAUCAGAGCAGGCAUCUCCUGUGAAGAGUACAUUGGUUCCUUCCUUGCCUAGCAAAAAUCCUCACCCUAAUGAAGAACAAUGGAGCUCAGAGACUCUAUUGACUCUGAAAAGCACCUCUUCCCACAGUAAACUGCAGUCCAGGGAUGAGACGGUAGAAGGCAUCUGUGACCCUCCUCAAGAAGAUGCGACAUCUAUCAUCUGUGGCCUGACUGUUGAGCUUUCUAACCUCAACCGACUGAUCAUGAGCACUCACAGGGACCUGGAAUCCUUCAAACGCCUAAAGCAUCGAAAAGGAAAAACAGUGGGGAAACAGCCCCCCUACCACUUUUCCUAUCCCCUGAAGGGAUCAACCCAGUGCCCCCCUGCUGUGAAAAAAUGGAAAGACAAGUGAGGCUACAAAAGACAAAUCAAGUGGCUCCAACCUCCAAGCCCCUUCAAGGUUUAUCAGUUUUACCUUCCUUCUAAGUAUUAGAAGGUCUUUCCAAGUGGAGUUUUAAAUUAGACCAUAUGAAGCAA